CAAGAGGCCAAGGUGACAGAAGUGAAAAUCAAUGAGGCCCGAGAGCACUACCGGCCAGCAGCUGCCCGAGCCUCUCUGCUCUACUUCAUCAUGAAUGACCUCAGCAAGAUCCACCCGAUGUACCAGUUUUCUCUCAAGGCAUUCAGCAUCGUCUUCCAGAAGGCUGUGGAGAAGGCUGCCCCAGAUGAGAGCCUCAAGGAGCGUGUGACCAAUCUGAUAGACAGCAUCACCUUCUCUGUGUACCAGUACACCACCCGUGGGCUUUUCGAGUGUGAUAAGCUGACCUAUCUUGCCCAGCUUACCUUUCAGAUUCUCCUCAUGAACCGGGAAGUUGAUGUGGCAGAGCUGGAUUUCCUGCUUCGAUCUCCAGGACAGACGGGUGUCACCAGUCCCGUGGACUUCCUCUCCCAUCAGGCCUGGGGAGGCAUCAAGGCACUUUCAUCAAUGGAAGGAUUUUAUAAUCUGGAUCGGGACAUUGAGGGAUCUGCCAAGAGCUGGAAAAAGUUUGUGGAAUCGGAAUGUCCCGAGAAGGAGAAGUUUCCACAGGAGUGGAAGAACAAGACAGCCCUGCAGCGCCUCUGCAUGAUGAGAGUCAUGCGGCCGGACCGGAUGACCUACGCCAUGCGAGAUUUUGUCAAGGAGAAGUUGGGAAGCCAAUACGUGGCGGGAAGAGCGCCAGACUUUGUGACCUCAUUUGAGGAAUCAGGACCAGCCACACCCAUGUUUUUCAUCCUGUCUCCAGGGGUGGACCCCCUGAAGGACGUGGAGAAUCAAGGUAAAAAGCUCGGAUACACCUUCAACAACAGGAACUUCCACAACGUGUCUUUGGGGCAAGGACAGGAAAUAGUGGCUGAGGCGGCGCUGGACCUGGCUGCCAAGAAAGGCCACUGGGUUAUUUUGCAGAACAUCCACCUGGUGGCCAAGUGGCUCGGCACCCUGGAAGAGAAGCUGGCAGAGUAUGGUGAGAAUAGCCACCCGGAGCUGAGGGUCUUCAUCAGUGCAGAGCCUGCACCCUCCCCGGAGGGCCACAUCAUCCCCCAGGGCAUCCUGGAGAACUCCAUCAAGAUCACCAACGAGCCUCCCACAGGCAUGCAUGCCAACCUGCACAAGGCCCUGGACAAUUUCACUCAGGACACUCUGGAGAUGUGUUCCCGGGAGAUGGAGUUUAAGAGCAUCCUCUUUGCUCUUUGUUACUUUCAUGGGGUGGUGGCAGAGAGACGGAAGUUUGGGCCACAGGGAUGGAAUCGUUCAUACCCCUUCAACACCGGGGACCUCACCAUCUCUGUGAACGUGCUCUACAAUUUUCUGGAGGCCAACACAAAGGUCCCCUAUGAUGAUCUGCGCUACCUCUUUGGAGAGAUCAUGUAUGGAGGCCAUAUCACAGAUGACUGGGACAGGAGACUCUGCAGGACGUAUCUGGAGGAAUUCAUCAGACCAGAAAUGCUAGAAGGACAGCUAUCUCUGGCACCAGGUUUCCCACUCCCGGGCAACCUAGAUUACAUUGGCUACCAUCAGUAUAUCGAUGCCGAGCUGCCUGCAGAGUCGCCCUACCUCUACGGCCUGCACCCCAAUGCCGAGAUCGGCUUCCUGACCCAGACCUCGGAAAAGCUCUUCCGCACGGUGCUGGAGCUGCAGCCCCGGGACAGCCACGCCGGGGACAGAGGAGGGGCCACAAGGGAAGAAAAGGUCAAGGCCCUCCUGGAAGAAAUCCUCGAGCGAGUGACAGACGAGUUUAACAUGCCAGAGCUGCUCGCCAAAGUGGAGGAGCGCACCCCCUACAUCGUCGUCGCUUUCCAGGAGUGUGAGCGGAUGAACGUCCUCACCAGGGAGAUCCGGCGCUCGCUGAGGGAGCUGGACCUCGGCUUAAAGGGGGAGCUGACCAUGACCAGCGACAUGGAGACGUUACAGAACGCUCUGUACCUGGACACGGUGCCAGAGUCCUGGGCCAGGCGAGCCUACCCUUCCAUGGCAGGCCUGGGAGCCUGGUUUUUGGACCUCCUAAACCGAAUCAAAGAGUUGGAGGCCUGGCUAGGAGACGUGGCAAUGCCCUCCACAGUGUGGCUGACAGGCUUCUUCAACCCCCAGUCCUUCCUGACCGCUAUCAUGCAGUCCACAGCCCGCAAGAAUGAGUGGCCACUGGACCAGAUGGCCCUGCAGUGUGACGUGACAAAGAAGAACAGGGAAGACUUCAGGAGCCCCCCUCGGGAAGGGGCCUACAUCCAUGGCCUCUUCAUGGAAGGCGCUCGCUGGGACGCACAGGCUGGGAUCAUUACAGAGGCAAAGCUGAAGGAUCUGACACCCCCCAUGCCUGUGAUGUUCAUCAAGGCCGUUCCUGCAGAUAAGCAGGACUGCCGCAGCAUCUAUCCUUGUCCGGUGUACAAGACUCGUCAGCGGGGACCCACCUACGUGUGGACUUUCAACCUGAAGACUAAGGAGAAGCCAUCUAAGUGGGUUCUAGCUGGAGUCGCUUUGCUUCUCCAGACUUAGCUGCCUGCACAACCGCUAAGAAAACAAGGCGGGGCUGGAGGCUGCCCAGGACAAGUGGGUGAGGGGAGACGGAGACGUAGAGAUAAGGAAUCACACGUACUCACAAUUCUGUAGAAUUCUCGUAGGGAACCUGGAGAGAAGGCAGAGCUGGAGGAGUCCAGACCCAAGAACUAGGGGAGAAGCAUUUCAAAACACUGCACCUUUCCUAAUAAAGUGAUUGAUUCUU